AUGCCUAGAAGAAGUAGCGCUCGUUUAAACCUGAACCGACGACUAGAGCCACAACAACAACAACCGCAACCACCACCACUAGAAACAAACCCUCCAAUAAGUUCAGUAGAACUUGAAGAAAUUAUAGCUCAGAGAAUCGCUGCAGCUCUUGCUAAUGUCACAAGAGGAGGAGUUAGAAACAAAGGCAAUGUAAGGACUGCUAGAAUAUGUACCUACAAGGAUUUUAUGAAUUGCAAACCUAUGAGCUUCCAUGGAACGGAAGGGAUUGUUAGCUUGACCUGGUGGAUUGAAAAGACAGAAUCAGUAUUUCAAAUAAGCUUAUGUCUUGACGAAUGUAAGGUACGAUUUGCUGCGUGUACCUUCCCUGAUGCAGCACUUACAUGGUGGAACAACCAUGUGAAUACAACGGGUUUUGAUGUCGUCAAUUCCAUGCAAUGGGAAGAGCUAAAGAGGAUGCUAGUAGAGGAGUAUUGUCCCAGGGAGGAAAUACAUAAGUUGGAACAAGAACUGUGGACCCUAUCCAUGAAGGGUUCAGAGAUAAAUGCUUCUACCGCUAGAUUCAAUGAUCUUGCGGAGAUGUGUCCAACACAAGUAACCCCAGAAUACAAGAAGAUCGAGCGAUAUAUCUGGGGUCUAACAUCGCAAAUCAAAGGAAUGGUGAUUGCAUCGAAGCCUACAACAUAUGACAGUGCAAAGCAUAUACCUCAUCAGCUAACGUGCACAGAAAUCCAAGUGGGACUUAUAGCUGAGUCUCCCGAAUCUGGAACGAACAAGCACAAAUUUAAUGGGAAGAAUCCCAUACAAUCAUCUGAGGAGAGACAAGAUGUGGCAUCUAAUUAUGCAGCCACAACAACAAUACCCUUCCAACUAAGGAAGUAUGCUGGAAAACUCCCAUGGUGCACUCAGUGUAAUCGUCAUCACCUAUGUAACUGUUCAUGGUGCAGUCAAUGUAACCAUCAGCAUGCAGGUGACUGUUAUAUUUGCAUGAAAUGCAAAAAGAAGGGACACACUGCCAAUUACUGCAGGAGCACAACAACUACAACAUGA